AUGAAGCUCAAACCUAAUCAGACCAGGACGUACGACGGCGAUGGUUUUAAGAAGCGGGCGGCGUGUCUGUGCUUUAAGAACGAGCGCGAAGAGGAGGUGUUGUUGGUCAGCAGCAGUCGGCACCCGGAUCAGUGGAUCGUCCCUGGGGGAGGGAUGGAGCCUGAGGAGGAACCUUGUGGAGCAGCGGUGCGGGAAGUCUUUGAGGAGGCUGGUGUCAAGGGCAAGCUUGGACGUCUGCUCGGCGUGUUUGAGCAAAACCAAGACCGUAAACACCGGACGUACGUUUACGUGUUGACGGUCACUGAGACGUUGGAGGCCUGGGAAGACUCGGUCAACAUAGGCCGCAAGCGCGAGUGGUUCACGGUGGAGGAGGCCAUCAAGGUUCUGCAGAGCCACAAGCCCGUGCACGCAGAGUACCUGCGGAGACUGCAGCAACUGCAGCUCAGCUGCUCGCCCACCAACGGCAACUCCAUCCUCGCCGGUCCGCCUCCCAACGACAAUUACCCGCACUACAGCGCCACGGCCACCACGCCGUCCACGGGCGGCGUUCUGGCCUCCUCCCGCAGAUAG